AUGUACGAUGCACAAACCAGCAUACCGCUGCUUAGCCUCAGACUGAUCAGAGGAGAUGCGCCCGGGACCAUCGUGCCGACGGAGCAUGAUCUGGAGAACGACGAAGCUUCUGAAGUUUCAAGGUUCAGUGAAGCAGAUAGUGAUCAAGCCGGCCACAGAAGUGCAGAGUCUGCGGAGGCCGCGCUGCUGAAGUCGCAGGAAAUCGCCGAGCAGCUGCAGAGCAAGUUGGAGACAGCCGAGAAACAGGUGGAAGAGUACAAGCGCAGAGCCACCGAAGUCGGUCACGAUCAUGAUUCCUUGUUGUCCAAGCUUCUGGAAUUCGAGGAGCAAGCGGAACAAAGGCAACGCUCCCAGGCAAAAGAACUUCGUGAGGCGCGGCAAAGACAAGAGGCAGAUAUUGAGGAGCGGCUCAGCUUGCAGAAGGAGCUGCAGGAGUGCCAGACCAGCCAGGUGCGCGCGCAGUCCCUGCACAGGGAGCUGCAAACGGUGCAGCGGAACUUUUCUUCCGAAGAGAGCGCGCAGGAAGCCACCUGCUCCAGAUUGGUACUUGCCGAAGAAGCCUUGGAACGUCAGGAGAAGUCGCUGGCGCAGCUGCGUUUCGAGCUACAGGCUGAGAGGGACCAUGCUGUGACCGUGCUGGCUGAGAACGCCCACCGACAGAGGUGCCAGCAACAUGCUGAUAACGAUGGGUUAUCACCGUUCUCGCCACAACGUGGGUCAAGCAGUCAUUGCCGUUCGCCACCACGAGGGUCAUACACCGAUGCCGAUUUGUCGGAAGCUGUCGACAUCGUGGGGGAGGCAAGAAUCCCGGCAAAGUUACAGGAUGCAGGUUUGGACGACAAGUCCCUAACAUCCCUGCGAGAGAGACAUCUGAAGCUUCUUCAUUCCCGCCUGCGAGACCACAGUUUGAGAGAGUGCUUCCGCAACACUGGCGAAUCGGAUGAUGCAGUUGCAAGACUCCUGCAAGAUCUCCUGACUUGGCAGGGUAGAGUUUGGACGACGGACCUGGUGCCAUCGGCAUCGCUGAGGACAUCAAGGAGCCGCACGCAGUCUCCACUCCGGGACGAGCACUCCUCGCGACGACGCGCCCGCUCUAGAUCUGCAAUUUCGGCUACACCGCUGGCACCACGGCUCACUUCCGAGGACCUCCGUUACCAGCCCGGUCAGGGCGAAAUCGACUGGCCGAGGCAAGUAAAGCAAGGAGACGGAGGAGACGGAGAACGUAGGAGUUUUGCCGCAGAAGCACUUCGGCAAACGCUGUUACGAGGAAGGUGCAACUCCUAG